ACAGAACACUGUGACUUGUGCACGAGUCAAAUGCUAGCAGCAGCAGCACCAUGGCCUCAUCUUCUCCGUCUCCCCAGCAGCAGUUCUGCCUGCGAUGGAAUAAUCACCAGUCUGCUCUUGUCUCAGUGUUCGACCACUUGCUCCAGAGUGAGGCCUUUGUCGAUGUUACUCUGGCCGUUGAGGGUCUUCUCCUCCGGGCCCACAAAUUAGUGCUCUCAGCCUGCAGCCCAUAUUUCCAGGCUAUGUUUGCAUCCCAUCCGGCCAAACACCCAAUCAUCAUUCUCAAGGAUGUCCGCUACAAUGACCUGCGAGCACUUUUGGAUUUCAUGUACAAAGGGGAAGUGGCUGUGGAUCAGGAUCGCCUGCCCGCAUUCCUCCGACUGGCUGAAAGUCUCAAGAUCCGCGGCUUGGCCGAAUUCUGCGAGGAAAGCCUCUCUCAAGCCACUUCACAGCCGCCCAUCUUCGAUUCAUUGUUGGAUUCACAAAAGAGAAACCACCCGUCAGGACCUCCAUCAGUUUCGCACCAGCAAUCGCAACAGCAGUCCUCAAAUGCGGCUCCCGCACCCCUGACGGCCGUAGAACUUUUGCCCGUUUCAAAUCAAAGACCGCCUAUCGAUUUUAGCGUGCCGGCCAUGGCCAGCAUGUUUGGCUCUCCGGUUCCCUUGGCGAGUGCACGCAGCAGUAGCAGCAUGAGCAGUUCCAACAAGCGGCCUUCCAGCCCUCAAACAUACGCUCACCACAGGAGGAAGCGAGGCAGACCCCCUCGUCAAUCCUACUCUGAAUCGGCUGGAAUACUGAACAACGCUGUGGGACUGAAAUCAAACGCUAGCAAGGACGUCCGAGGCUCUAGCCCUGAAGUUAUGGAAAUGAAUGUCGAUCUUCUCUCCAUGGGCGUCGCGAACAACGGACCCGAAACUGCCCUCACCCCUCAUGCACCGACCAAUUCUAACGCUCACGAUUCUUCUUCCACGGCUCAAGACGAUCACAUCAAAGGGGCGUCGUCGCGGAAUUCCAGCCCCGUCAACAACACCUCUGUUGCGAAACUCGAACCUUUACCUCUUCUGGAAUCUGACACGCGACCGGACGGCUUAGAACCUCAAGCAGGACCUUCGUUUGAAAGCGAUUUUGACAGUAGCAGGCGCGGUGGAAAAUCAGGGAAGGGCAACAGGAGAGCCCGUGGACGGCCGAGAGGUUACGGUCGCAACGCCAAUUCGCUUGACCGUUCCCUUUUAUCUGCCGAUUCGUUGGAUGAUUUGGCUGGUCCGUCACAAAGGGAAGGUUCAAGCACGCCGGAUCGGACACUGCUGGGCGGCUCCAACAGCAACUCGAACAACACCGAGCAGUUGCAGGAAAUGUCCAUUCGCGGAUUGAAUCUCUUCCGCUACGCAUCCGUCUCGGAAGAGGGCAUGUACCGCUGCAUACCCUGCGAGAAGGAGCACGUGACGCGGACAUUCAAGAAUAAGUACAGCUUCCAACGGCACGCGUAUCUUUAUCACGAGGGCAAUCAGCGCAAGGUGUUCCCGUGUCUUGUGUGUGGACGAGAGUUUUCGCGACCCGAUAAACUCAAACACCACCUCAAGACCGUUCACGACUACGCUGUUCCGCGCGAGUAUAGCAACGCCUACUACUCCCUGCCCUAGUAUUCGUCACGGCUUCCACUUCUCGUCACUC